AUGGAGGAGGAGGGCGUGUUUUUGCCGGACAACAGCCUGCGGUUGCCGCUGCUUCACCCCAGUGAUGGCGGCGCUGACACUGUGCGGGGCACUUCGCUGGGGCAGACGUGUGCCAACCUGAUCAACAUCUUCGUCGGCCUGGGCCUCCUGUCCAUGCCGUUUGCACUCAUGAAGGGAGGCUGGGUGGCGCUGGUGGCGCUGGCCAUUCUGGUGCCGCUGUUUGGCUGCUCGGGCCAGCUCAUCUGCUCCGCGUUUGACCUCAUGCCCGCCGGCGUCCCCAAGACCUACCCCAACCUAGGGGCCGCAGCCGCGGGAAAGCUGGGCAGCCGCGUGGUGCUGGCCUUCAGCUGCUGCGAGCUUUUUGGCGCUACGCUCAUCACCCUCUGUAUCGUGUGGCAAAUGCUGGAGCUCCUCCUCCCGUCGGAAGGCCUCGGGCCGCUGCACCCCAUGCAGCUGGCGGCGUGCCUCAGCUGCGUGGUGCUGCUGCCGCUGCUGUGCACCGACCUGCGCCGCCUGGCCCGCUUCUCCAUGCUGGGCUCCUGCUCCACCGCCGCGGUGGUGCUGAUGGUGCUGGCGCUGGCGGUCCUGGACCCGCGCCGCGCCGGCAUGCCGCAGCAGCCGCCGCCCAGCCGCCACCUGGCCUCCGCCGGCCUCAUCCAGUCGCUGGGCAUCUUUGCGCUCAGCUGCAGCGCCCACACCACGCUGCCCGCGCUGAGGAGCUCCAUGGCCAAGCCCACGCGCUUUCCCGCCGCCCUGGCCGCCUCCUUUGGCAUCAUGUUUGCCUGCUACUCUGCGGUAGCUGCCGCAGGGUACUGGUACUUUGGCGACGGCGCCUCCCCGCUGGUCACCACAGACCUCGCCAUCAACUCCUUCUACACCUUCUCCCGCAUACCCGUGGACCGCCUGCUGGCUGUGCUGGUGCUGGUGUCUGGUCUGACCAAGUAUCCGGCGCUCAACAUGAUCCUGCAGGCGAGCCGCAGCCGACUGCUGCUGCCCGCUGACAUGAUCCUGUCGGCGCUGCCGCUGCGCCGCGACUCGCUGGGCAACGACCGGGCGCGGCAGCAGUGGCUGGAGCGCGGGCUGCGCCUGCUGCUGUUUGCUGUCGCCGCCCUGCUGGCGCUGACCGUGUACUCCUCGCUGGGCAGUGUGCUGUCCCUGGUCGGCGGCCUCUGCUCGCUCACAUGCUCCCUGCUGCUACCCUCGGCGUUCUAUACGUUGCUGGCGUGGCGCCAGCUGCGCUGGCCGGCGCGGGUGGCCCUGUCCACCAUGUUGCUGCUCGGCCUGUCGCUCAUCUCGCUCAUCACGGCCACCAACCUGUGGGAGCUGACAAGCAGCAGACACGCAGCUCCUGCGCCGCCAGCAGACAACCUCGCCGGCAGCAGGUGGGGAGGCCUCGGCCUGCUCCUGCCAUUUCCGCCCUAG